AUGCAAAUACCUUCAGACAACAAUAAAUUUAAUACCUUAAAAAAAGAUAAUUGUUUAGAAGGAACGACAAUUAAUUAUAAAAAUAUUAAUAAUAUUACUAUUAAAGAAGAAAAAGAUAUUAUAAAAAGUUGUGAAAAGAAAAUUCCACAAUUUAACAUAAUGACUGGACAAGGAAAUUUAGAUCAUUCUUUACCUUCAAAUCAAGACCAUAAUAAUGGGGUUUUAAAAGAUGAUAUAAAUACACAUAAUAAUGAGGUUAUUAUUAAUAAACCUUAUUCAAAUGAUGAAAAAAUUAAUGAAGAAAAUAGUAAUGAAAAUGAUUUAAUAGUAAAAAAUGAUUCAUUAUUUAAUUACCCAACAAUUUCUAAUGAUUUUACUAAAACAAAUGAAAGAAGUAAUAUCAAUGAAGAAAUUGGCAAUUGCAUUAAACCAACAAAUCUUCCAGGAGAGUCGUUUACUACUUGUCAUGAGUGUUCUGUUUGUGCUAUGUUUCUAUCUCAAUAUCGUAUAGUUAUAACAUCAGAACAAAAAAAAGCUGUAGCUGUGAUACCAAUUGUUGCUCUUGAUUCUAUUGAAGCACGAGAAAGUAACUAUUUAUUGUUAAAUUGUAAAGAUGGAAGAAUAUUACGUGUAAAAGCUAAAUCACAGGAGUGUGCAAUCACGUGGUUCAAGAAAUUGACUCAAAUUGCUACAAAUACAAGAAAUCUCAAGGACAUUUUUGCUUUUACUAUAUCAAAAAAUUUAAAUGGUGAAAAGAAAGACAAUAGUACUAUUAGUGAAUUUUAUAAUCAAUUGGCUAAAAAAUGUAUUUCUAAAAUUCCUUUUAAAGAUGUUGAUGUGUAUAGUGAAUUUAAAAGAUUAAAUUUUGAUCAAAAAAUUUGGAAAAUUUCAAAUAAAAAUGAAAAUUUUAAUUUUUGUAAAACAUAUCCUCGAUAUUUAAUUGUUCCAACUUCUAUGUCUGAUAGUGAAUUAGAUGAAGUGGCGCCAGGACGUUUUUUAGGUCGCAUACCAACAGCUGUUUGGCAUUGUAAAACAAAUGGCGCCGUAUUAUUGCGGUCUUCUCAACCAUAUAUACGGUAUUUUUCGGGUCCAGUAGAUGAAGAUAUAAAUUAUAUAAAAAAGAUAAGAUUAUCUAUUAAAACAAAUACUACUCCUCAAAAUUUGUUAAUUGUUGAUGCUAGAGCGUAUACAGCUGCAUUGGCAAAUCGUGCUAAAUGUGGUGGAUAUGAGCAACAAGAAUAUUAUGCUAAUACUGAUGUUGAAUUUAGAAAUUUAAGUAAUAUUCAUCACAUUAGAUAUGCAUUUUCACAAUUACGAAAUUUAAUGAUGGGAGUAGAUGCUAAUCCUGUGAAUUUUUUUCAACAACUUCAAGCCACUAACUGGUUAAAUUACAUUGGUAGCUUAAUAGCAUCUGGUGUUGUUUGUGCAGAAUCAUUAUUAGAUAAUGCUAGGCAUGUACUUGUUCAUUGUUCAGAUGGUUGGGAUAGGACAACACAAAUUGUUUGUUUAACAAAAAUUAUUGUUGAUCCAUAUUAUCGAACAAUGAAAGGUUUUGAAUAUUUGAUAAGAAGAGAAUGGAUUGAAUUUGGUCAUAAAUUUUCUGAUAGAAAUGGUAUUCUUAAUGGAAAUGGGAAUGAAAGAAGUCCAGUAUUUUUACAAUUUUUAGAUUGUGUAUAUCAAUUAACAGUUCAAUUUCCAUGCAAAUUUGAGUUUAAUGAAUAUUACUUAAUUAAACUUGUUCAUCAUUCAUGUUCAGGAUUAUUUGCUGAUUUUCUAUUUAAUAAUCUUGAAGAAGCCAUUGUAUACAGAGAUAAAUUUUGUAUAGAAUCAGAUAAUAAUGUACUUUUAUCAAUAUGGAAUUAUUUUGAUAUUAAAAGUGAUGAAUUUAAAAACUUUUUUUAUGAACCAAAUACAAAAUGUGAUGAUCGUUUAAAUCCAAAAGUAGAUCUACAACAUAUGAAAAUUUGGGAACGUGUUUAUAGUUGUUCACCAAUAGAAGAUAAAAUUAAUAAUAGUGAAGAAAUGCUUUCAAGUGCUAUUAAUGGUAUUUCAAUUACUGAACCAAUUAUUGAGAAGUCGUUAUCAAGAAGUGUAUCAGCAGAAAGUAUAUCAAAUCAUAAAAAUCAAAAUAUGGGCCAUUCUCUACAUUCAUGUAAUACUUUUCAUGAAUCUCGACAAUCUCAAUCAAGUCCUACACAAUUUGGACUUGAUGCUUUAAUAAGUGAAGAUGGUCUUACAAAUUGUAAAAGUGAAAUUGAAGAUAAAUUAUACAAAACUCAACAAUAUCUUAAUAGUAGUAUAUAUUCUAACAACUAUAGAAAUUCAAAUAUAAAAACAUUUGUUGCUUCUACUGAUUUAGGAUUCAAUCAUUGCCAGAAACCAUUAUCAUUAAAUUAUCAAAAUGAAACCGCUAAACUAGACAUGGAUUUUGAAAUGAAAUCGCCAUCAUCAGAUAUACAACCAGAUAUUAAGUCACUUAGUUCGGAUUGUUCUUUUUCUAUACAAGGUGGAUCAUUUAUUCAACAUAAUGGCUCUUUAUCAGAAGAAUCACAAAUUCUUUUGAAUGAUUCAUUGGAUGAAAAUAUUCCUGAACGUAUUGGUAGGGAUCGUCUUUUUUCUGAAUGUACAAAACAGGAGUAUAUAAUAACUGAUACACAGGCGAGGAUUUGUACACCAUUUGAAGAUGAAUAUACAUUUACACAUACAUCUCCAAUAGAUGUUCCUAUUGAUCCAUCAGCAUCAAAUUGUAGUACAACACCAGGAUCAACAUUUUCUCAAUCAUAUGUUAUUACAAAUUCAUUUAAUGAAAAUGAUAAUAUAGUAAAUCAUGGAUCACCAUCAUCUUCAUUAACAGAAGCAAAAAGAAUAACAGUAUCUAAUGCAAGUACUUCUCCAACUAUUAAAAGUAGAUCAUUGACAAAAACAACAUCUUCAAUUCCUAUUAGGUAUUCCUCAGGUGCUCCAACAUCAAUGAUGGUACAAUCAUCACAAUCAUAUUUUCGUGAAGAUUGUCAAACAAUUAGAAGUUAA